AUGGUGUGCAAGGCAUAUAGAAGCCAAUUGGUCCAGGUCUUGGAGUGGUGUACAAAUGAAGAAGAUGUUUGGUGGUCUGCUUGGAGUACCUAUGAAGAGGAAUUUAAUGACCAAUUAAAGUCUAUGGGUUCUGUGUCUAAACAAGCAGCCAAAGAUCUUUUAUGGUAUCCACCGCAACACUGGUGCAGGGCUUUUUUUGACACUGUCUGCAAAAAUCACUCAUGUGAAAAUAAUUUUACCGAGUCAUUCAACAAAUGGAUUUUGGAAGCAAGGGCAAAACCAAUAAUCAAGAUGCUGGAAGACAUUAGAAUUAAGGUUAUGAAAAGGUUGAAACAACUUGAAGAAGAGGGUAAGAGGUGGACAGAAGAGUAUUGUCCAUACUCCAUAGAUCUGUAUCAUGAUUUUAGAAUGAUUGCACAAGGUUGUCAAGUUGUUGCUAAUGGAGACUUAGGAUAUGAGAUGGAUGAGGGUAUAGAUAGACAUAUUGUGAAUCUUGCUACAAAGAAGUGUACUUGUAGGACAUGGGAUUUGACAGGAAUACCAUGUCCUCAUGCUAUUAAAGCAUUAGAACAUGAUAGACUAGAACCACUGAAUGAGAUGCAUUGGUGGUACUCGAAAGAAGCUUACUUGUUUGUGUACCAGCCUAAAAUUCAACCUGUUAUGGGUGAGAAAUUCUGGAAAAUUGAUCCUUCUCAAGCUAUGCAACCACCACAAAUUCAUAAAUUGGUUGGUAGACCAAAAUUAAAGAGAGUAAGGGAAAAGGAUGAGGCAAGAAAAAAAGAGGGAUUAUGGUCGAAAAGGAUUGCAAAUGACAUGUGGAAACUGUGCUACUGGUGA